ACGCACGCAAGCAAGCUCGCACUCGCCAUCCAAGCUAAUAAGCUGAGUGAGAGAGACACACAGAGGCAUUUGGUGAAUCUGGAGGUCGCCACGCGCCCCGUUCCUCCCCCCUACAAGUUUCAGGGUUUCUUUUCGGUUCCAGAGGUUGUUCGUGUUGUGUGAAAAAGCCGCUGGGAAAAGCAAGGAGGAGGAGGGGGAAACGAUUGUAGGUGAGAAUUGAAUGGGAGUGAGCAGCAGCAGCAGGAGGAGAGAAGAAGAAGAAGCAGCAGAAGCAGAAGAGAGAAAGGAGGGAUCGGAAGCUGAUGAGGAAGUCGUUCAAGGAUUCUCUUAAAGCGCUCGAAGCCGAUAUUCAGCACGCCAACACCCUGGCGUCGGAUUAUCCUUGGGAGUUUGACGGGGCAUGCCUCCAGAUGAGGCUAUCGUACAGUCCUUGUGCUCAUAUCUUUCUUUUCCUGGUUCAAUGGGCGGAUUGUCACCUUGCUGGCGCAUUUGGGCUGAUUAGGAUACUUAUAUACAAGGCUUACAAGGAUGGUAAGACGACCAUGUCUAUUUAUGAAAGAAAAGCGAGUUUAAGGGAGUUCUAUGGGGUGAUAUUCCCUUCGUUGCUGCAACUUCAUAAAGGAAUCACAGAUAUUGAAGAGCGGAAACAGAGAGAAAUCUGCGCAGCAAAGUACAGUAGAAGGGAUGAGAUGGUUAAGGGGAAGCUGUCUGAAAUCGAAAUAGAGAGGGAGGAAGAAUGUGGGAUCUGCAUGGAGAUGGAUACCAAAGUUGUCCUCCCCACCUGCACCCACUCCUUGUGUAUCAAGUGCUAUAGAAACUGGCGAACUCGAUCGGAGUCUUGCCCAUUCUGCAGGGACAGCCUAAAAAGGGUGAAUUCUGGGGAGCUCUGGAUCUACACCAGCAAUUGUGAUGUAGUUGAUCUAUCUGCCAUUGCACGGGAGAAUCUGAAGAGGCUAUUCGUGUACAUCGACAAGCUGCCACUCGUUGUCCCAGCUGAUCCAAUGGUGGUAUCCUAUUGGUGAACAGAUGACACUAUAAUUUUUCUUUUUUCUUUGUGUAUAUAGAAUAAUUGACUUUAGUGUUGUGUACAUGCAUUGGAUUGGAUUUGGCUACGGUUUGGUCUGUAAAUGUUUUCGAUCUCAACUGCAUUCAUUCAUAAAUUGUGAAUACUCACUCAACAAGUUGUCUUGCUCUGUGGUGUUUUGUU